CAACACGCCAUUCAACUAAUCGGAGAGAAAUCUGUGAUUGGGUUUUGCUCACUUUAGCAGUUUUUAAGUUGGUUGUGACGUUUAUUUUUGCUGUUUUGCGGGAUAAACGUAGGAAGUCUUGAAAGACGAGAGAAGACUGAAGGUUUUUAAAAGUAUGAGUCUACCCGAGGAGCAGCAGGCCAGCAGACCUCCCAGCAGAGAAGAAGUGGAGGCAGAUGAUCAGGAGGACGAGGAAGAGGAGGAGGGAAUGGAGGAGGACACCCCUCUAGUGGCCAUUGCACCUAAGGCUUCACUCAUAGAGGAGCUGCCCUCUGUUGGUACUGAUGUUUCUGCUAGUCCUGCAUUCCAGUGCCUGGAUGAGUUGUUGUCAUUGGGCAAAAUCAGCAAAACCAAAGUGGCCACAUUGAAAGCCAGCUACAGGCAACUCCAUGACACUCUGAAGAGUACUCAGGAUUCAGAGAUCCAUCUCUUGGGAGAGGCAAAGAGGUAUCGUGCUGAGUUGGAGAAGCUGCAGGCCAAGGUGGAGAGAACAGAGGAGCAGAGUACCUCUGAGGAGCCUGAAAGUGAGGUCAAUGAACUGAGGCAACAGCUCCUGCAGGCAUACAAUGAACUGAAAGCAGCCGAGGACAGAGAGUACAAGAUGCAACACGAACUGAAGUGUCUCUGGGAAGAGAAGCGGUGUCUGGAGAGAGAAAAUGAGAUUCUGCCGAAACCUGCUGAGCUGGAGAGCAGAACAAAGACCCUGCAGGACAAAUAUGAGGAUCUGAGAAAAGAGGUGGCUCAGAGACAAGUGGAAGUCAGAAGUCUGAUGGAAGAUGUGGAAACCCAUGAAACGCAGCUAUUGAAGGAACAGAAAGAGCUGGGAGACAAGAAGAAGAUCAUAGAGCUCAGAGAGGAUGAGAAAGCACGGCUCAUCAGCAUACCUGACCAGAUUUCAAAGGAGAUAGAAAGGAAACGCUCUAAGAGGGAAGCUGCAAUGAAGAAGAUGGAAAUGAUAAACACAGAGAUUUCAGAAAUAGAGCAGCAAGUGAAGGAGGUGGAAGAGCGUAAUCAUUCCCUCGGAUCAAAGAAGAAGGAGGCGAUGAAGGAGCUGGAGGGUGUCAGGGCCCGGGUAGAGGCCGGUCAGAGGGAGUGCAGGCAGCUGCUGAAAGAGCAGGAGGUCAAGAAGGAGGAGGAGGUUGAAGUCAUGGGGAUCAGGGGUAUCCUGGAAAUGAAGCUGCAGAACAUCAUGUGUGACAGAAAGUACCUGUAUGAGAGUCAAUCUUUGCAGCUCAGGGAGAAAAACAGGCAGAUGCAAGCCCUCAAGAGGAUGGAGCACGCGUCGACCAUGUCUGCCGAGCAGCUCCAACACACGCAAUCUACCUACGUUGAGUUACAGGCACAGUUGGAUGCCGUUCCCAAAAGAGAGGCCAGUAUCCAGCGGAGGAUGGAGCUUCAGAAAGAGGUGGACGCUCUCAAAGUCAGCUUUGAAAAACAGCUAUCAGUCACUGAGGAGGAGAGCCAGAAGAAGCAGCAGUAUGAGAUGAUUCAGGAGCUGCUGAGGGAGUCAAACUGCCUCCGAGAAGAACUCCACAACCUCAGAUGUCUGACACAGAUCAAAGCUGAGGAGAGGGGCCAGAAGCACCGUGAGCUGCUCAGGGCUGAGCAAAUGAACCAAAACAUCCAGCAGGAACUGCGAGAAAAAGCCCUGAUCAUCAUGGACCACAACAAGCUCAACGCUGUGCUGCAGCGCAGAAUAUUACAGUAUUGUAAACUGUGCGACAUGAUCAUGGAAGAAAAAAAUAAGUAUGUCAAGCUCAAGCAGAUCUCCUCGCACACGGUCACAGAGUUGAUGGAGCAGGUUAAGGUCCUUGAAAACGAGACAGAGAUCCAACGCAGCAUAGUCAUCAACAAGGACAGAUCACUCACAAAGGCUCGUAUGAAGAUCUCCAACAGCUGCAAAACAAGGGACAAACUACACAACGACAUGUCCAAGGCUGCUUGGAAGCACCGUCAGAUCAGUCAGGAGUAUGAAGACAACAAAUUGGAGUUGAUGAAGCUCACACAAAUGAACAACAUGCAGGAGCAGGCACUUCUGGAAAUAAACAAGAAUCACGAGACGGCCAUACAGCGUCGCAAUUCCCUUGGCAUUCAGCUCCUGGAACACGAGGAAGUGUUAUUCAACUACCAUGAGAGGGUGAACAUCCAGGAGGCAGCAAUCACGAAGGGUAACAUGACGCUGGAGACCCUGGAGAAGGAGAUGAAAGACUUACAGUUGGCCAUUAGCGAGGAGAGGAGACAGAUAGACCUGAAGAAGAAGGAAGUGCCCAUCAAGAAAAAGCUGGAGGCAGAGAUCGCCAUGCUGCAGAUAGAGUUGUCAGAAGCCAGAGAUCAGAGUCUAGAGGGUCUAAAUCGAACAGCUGAUUACAAAGAGCUAAAAGGCACAGACCCUUCAACUGUGGAACUGGUGAAGAAGAUCGAGCAGCUGGAGAUGAAUCUAGCAGAGCGUGAGAGACAGUGCCUGGAAAAAGAACUCCUCAUGGACCAGGUGACCCGGCUCUCGAAGCCGCUCAGAGAGCAGGCAGACAACUGCCAACAGGACCGACUGUCACUGGCAAAGAAGCUGAAUGAGCUCCGAGCUCAUAUAAUUGACACCAGUCACCGUAUGAUGGCUGUCUCAGCGGAACUGUCGAUGAAGCAAGCUGCUGCUUUGUCUCUCCAGCAAGAGAUCAAAGAGAAAGAGCUCCAGAUGGACAGGUGCCAGCAGCGGUUGGAGCAGGACCUGCCACUUUACCCUGAUAUAGAGGAGGAAUGGAGGAGGAUGCUCCGGGACAAGAAGAGGAGACAAAGGGACAAAGAGGAGAGAGAGAGGAAACGUCUUAGGAGGAAAAACACUGAACAUCAUGUCAGCGAGUCGUCUUUGUGUCAUAAGCUGCAUCAGAUGGAUUCACAGCUGGCUGAAGAAAACGAGUGGAACCAGUUGCCUAACGGAGAGUACACCACAGCUGAAAUCCGUCCCAACGCGUACAUCCCCCAGUCCGACCAGCUCCCCCUGCCCAAACCCUACGGAGCCCAGGCCCCCUUCAAACCCUCCCAGCCAGGAGCCAACAUGAGACAUUUCCGCAAACCGACGCUCAAACCUUUAGAGAUAUAAAGAGCAAUAUGCAUACAUUCAGAUUAAGACCACUGUAAAUUCAUGAACUUGUGGGUGUUAGUAUGGAUUUAUUUUUGUAAUCCACACAGUUCACAUCAGUGUCCUUCAGGAACAUUUCAUCUCCACUUGAGGAAUCAAAUAAAAAUUUAAAAGCAAAUGCGCAUUUCAAUUUUAAAAAAUAUUUUCCAGUGCAUUUUCACUGACUUGGCUCUUUCCUAUCAAACAACUAUUGAUCUAUCUGCUCCUUCCUCCAACUUCUCUCUGCUUCUCGUGUUUGUUUCCUCACUGUCUAGCUUACCACUGCUGUUUUGUCACAUGUGUGUGUGUGUGUGUGUACUCCUGAACUGCAUCUGGUUGUAAUCUUGUUUCCUGUUUUCUUUUUUCUUUUUUUUAAUUUACUGGAAAGAGCUUGUUUACACUCUGCUUGCAGCAACACCAAAUACUGUAGAGGAGUGGAAGGGAAAACAAGAGAGCACACAGGAAAGAUGGAAUUUGUAAGUGUGUGUUGUUACAUCAUGUCCACCAAUAAAACAUUUUGUUUAUUUCUGUACCCAGCAACAUAUCAUGACCGUUUAACUGCUUUUCUUAGAUAAAUCCAUUUCUCGGGGACACUGGAAUAUUUUUACAUACUCUGCCUUGUUGCCAUUUUAACCCUCACGCUUCUAAUGUCGCUGUUGAUGAAUAAAUUGGAUUGGGUUUAAGCUCUAAGCUAGGUUAAGAGUGUCUGCUUAACGCCUGAAAUGAUAAAUGUAAAUAUAGAGGGGAAGAUGAGGCAAUGAAAGAGCAUAGAAAAUGACAAAGAGAGAAGAGAAUUUAAAUGAGGAGGAACGAGAGAUAGAUGGCAGUCGGAAAAGACGGCAGAGGAGAGUCAAAGGAAAAUAUGGAGCUCUAAAUGAGGUGGAGAGUUCAGAGUUGGUUACUUGUGACAAAAAAACAAAGUCACAUGCUUUCAAAGCUUCUGGAGCUCCAUCUGCUGAUCUAGCUUGAUAUCAAAACAGUUUUCUCGUCAGUAGGCGUGUUCUGCUGCUCGUAAGCGUGUGUGGGUUUGCAUACCAAGUUUAUGUGGGGACCAUUACUGUGUACAGCAUGAUUCCCAAUUACCUCAUCUACUUCUGCAGUAUAGCCAGGGAGUACAUGGAAAGAUUUUGGAGUAGCUCGAAUAAUUUGAAAGCAUAGACGUCAUGAUUUGAUACAAAAAUAUAUCCACGUUGUAUUCAGGAGAAAAAUAAACAUCCAUAAUAAAAUUA